AUGGUGGUGGUUCAGACGAAAGCUGGCGGCGGCGGCACGUCCUUAGUUCCAGUCUCGGACCGAGUGGUGGCGUUUCUCCCGUACUUGCUCCCGUUGAUAUCCGGCCUAAGAUACUCGCGAUACUUCUUCGCGGCGUUUCCGGCGGCGAUAAUUAUGUUGCAACCGCUCUUACCUAUCGUGAAAAUUGUAGCCACGUUACCGCUGGGGAAUUUGAUUCCGUUUUUUGCCGCGUAUUUAGGCGUGGCGAGGAACCAAAACUUGAGCAGGUUUUGUCGCUUUAACGGAAUGCAGGCGAUACUGUUGGACAUUGUGUUGAUAUUUCCGGGGUUGUUGGAAUCUUUGUUUUCGAGGGAGAUUUUAGGCAUAACUAUUCCGUAUUUCUUGUCGAAGUGGAUGUAUAACGUUAUUUGGGUAGGGUUGGUCGUGGCGUUCGCGUUGUGUGCGGUCGGGUGCGCGACGGGGAGGUACGUGAAUUUGCCAGUCGUGAGCGAAGCGGCGGAAGCUCAGAUGCGAUAA